AUGUUUGUUCACUGCUCACCCACUGAGGGGGUCCAGACGCUGGUCCUGACCAAGCAGCUUUCUCCUCAGGACUCCUGGUCCCAGAGCUCCAGGAAGCGUGUGGAGGGAGUGAGCAGCCCCAAGGCCUGUGAGCACCUGACCCUGUACAUUGAGAGGAGCCCUGAGCUGAGAUGCAGCCCUGGUGAAUUCAGUGUGCAAGGCCCAGGAGCAACUGUCAUUGCCCCAGUCGGGAAAGAAGCUGUGCUGCCCUGUCACCUCAGCCCAGAGACAAACGUUGAGGGCAUGGACGUGACCUGGUACCGAGUCAGACCUCCAGCUCUGGUGCAUCGUUAUGCUUCUUACCUGGAUCAUCUGAAGGAUCAGAGCCCAGAGUACCAAGGGAGGACAGAGUUCCUGAAACAGAAAAUCACCACAGGGCAAGUGGCCCUGAGUAUCCAUCCCAUCCUCCCUUCAGAUGAUGGAGAGUACUGGUGUAAAUUUGCAAGCUCCACAUUUGAAAAUGAAGCACAAUUCAAGGUGUUGGUCACAGAUACCAUGUUCCCCAGGCUCUGGCCCUGGAUUGUGGGAUUUGCUGUGACCCUGUGUCUCCUGGCUAUUAUCACAACCUUUGGUGUUCUCUUUGCACAAACUAGAAGAAUUCUAGGUAUGUACGAAAUUGAUAUCAGUACUUGUCCACAUGGACUUUUAGCAGAAGAAAAUGGACUAUUGGUGGAUGCAAAUGGUCAGUUUGUGGAAGAAAAUGCUACACUCACUGAACAACUUGCUACAAUCACUGGGAAACUUGGACUGGAAAAUCUCCGAAGAUAUGCAGAAGACAUAACACUGGAUGAGGACACUGCUCAUCCUCAUCUAGAAAUAACAGAGAACAGAAAAUAUGUGAGGACUACUGUGGAAAAACAAGAUGUUCCUGACAAUCCUCAGCGGUUUGACACUCACAUGGCUGUUCUGGGGGAGAAUAGCUUCUCGGCUGGUGACCAUUACUGGGAGGUGGAUGUGGCAUGGAAAGACAGGUGGGAAAUAGGACUGUGUGAGGACUCAGUUACACGGAAAGGAGACAUCUCUGUUUGUCCUGAAAAUGGGUUCUGGGCACUUUCCCUGGAGAAAGAUGAGUACAAGGCACUUUCCACACCCACUUCCAUUCUCAAUGUCCCAGAACCCCUCUUGGUAGUGGGUGUUUUUCUGCAGUAUGAGAAAGGACUGAUCUCUUUCUACAAUGUGAGAGAUUGUAGCUUUCUUUGUACUUUCAAAACCACUUUCAUCAAACCUCUGAAGCCUUAUUUCUACCCUGGGCAUGUUACUACUGGAAACAUGGAGGGUCUCCAUAUUCCCAAGUAUCAGUGA